GGGGCAGUGUGAUACAGCUCAAAAAUUGUGUCGUGGGCUGCUACCCUGACUGUCGUUACUGUUCAACUACAAGUCCCAUCUGUUCUGACGUUCACUUCAUCGUCGAUCUCUAAAGAAACACAUUUCAAUCGUCCCUCGAUAUGUCCCGACGCCAGAAUGUUAGUGAAUCGAGGUGCGCCGAUGCAAGACCGACUACAAAGCGUUGUCGGAUGUAACUUAUUCGUGUCAGGUACAAUGCAAAAGCACAAUCGCUACGCAGGAAGACAGCUUGGAUGAUGGAGAAUGUUGAUAGUCUCGUGCACACGGUCUCAGCUAAUGAGUUUGCUCUGAAUGACGCAAUCGUGUCAUCAGUGUCCGGAUGCGAGACGCUUUGUAGCUAUAACUGGUUGAAGGAUGGUAGUGGUAUCGUUGUACCUGGUGGGCCUCCGCAGUGGAAUCCUCAGCCAUUGCCAUGCACCUUGCCAAAAGAUGCCGGGUAUUCCUUGGAGGAUGCGAAGGCUGCAAAACUUCCCACUUAUCCGUACGAACCCGCAUUCCGGGCAUUGGCGACCAUGAAUCCCAGUACGAAAUUCGAUGACAUCGACAUUGUUACACGCCGCAAUAGCCUGCGGAAAUUGCUCGACUUCGCUGCCGGCAAGGCCAUAGACCCUUUUCGUAUGGACCUUCACAUGGUGAACGAUACUCUAUUCAUCAGUCGAAAGGAGGCGAGUGCUGCGUUCAUGAUACACGGGGCUCAUAAUUCCGGACACGGCCAUAACUUCGAAACGAGGUUCACAAAACCGGGGAACGGGUUGAACCAAUCACACAGCCAUCACAGGGUGGUUCGGUAUCUGCUUGGUCACCUCAAUUGCGUUGUGCAGUUUGAGGUGGAUGCGUAUUACGAUGACGAUGAUGGUAGACACUCUGGUCCUUCACAGCCUCAAGAUCCGGUAGAGGAUGCUGUGGCCUCGAUGGCGAACCUGUCAACCAGACACGCACGAGGUAGCGCCUUCCUUGCAGGAGCAAUCAAUGUGAUUCAUGAAGGAGAUCUUGUUGACCCCGCGAAACUCGCGGAACUGAAACUUUACGGGAAGAACAGACGCGAUCCGAUGCCACAGAUAUGGUUCAGUCGAACGCCUUACCUCAUCGAAGGGAGGCACGUCGAAGGGGAAGUUCGAUCAAUUCGCUGCACGCACGUUGAAGCGCAGUUUGGGACUUGGGAAAAAGAUCAUCAGCAGGCGUUGCGCAAGCUUGUGAGCUUGCUUGAUUUAUUGAAGAGUAUCGUGAGUGGGACGGAGAAUCGCAGCGCCAUUCUCUUGUGCACUGAUAAAGGUGCUCCUUUGACAGUCUUUGCUGCGAAGAAUCUCGGCGCUGUCUUACCAAACGAUAUGACGGAAAUGUUUUGGACAGUCAAGGAUGGAGUAAUCUGAAUACUUGCGCUAUGACAGUGUCGCAUCGAGUCUGCUUGAUUGACACAGAUCCGGAUCGUGGGCGCCGGCAGUUAGAAAUUCAAAAGUUUUCUUCAAGG